AUGGCUACACACGGGAGAGGUAAUAGGGAAACAGAGAGGAGGAAGAUUCUAGACGAUGCGGCUAGGAAACGCAGAGCUAGAAAAGCAGUCGAGGCCCUCGAGCAAGACAAUUUCCAUGAAGACCCACAUGCUGACCUGGUUAUGUCGAAGAAGGUGCCGAAAUUCGCAGAAACUAAUGAGAAACCAACCAGAAAGAAGAAGACCAAAAGUGCUGAGUAUUAUAAAAUGCGAUUUCGGAAGACGUUUGCGCAGUUAGUAGAGGAAGAUGCGAGUUUUAGACCUGACCCGCCCAACUACCUAUCUGCUCAAGUGCCACCUUCUAAAUUUCCUGAUCGACAUUUCUGUGCUGUAUGUGGUUUUCCAUCGAAUUACACUUGCAUACCUUGUGGAGCACGCUACUGUUGCGUCCGCUGUUUGGGAACACACUUAGACACGAGAUGCCUCAAAUGGACAGCUUAAUUCUUGCGGUUUAAUAAUUCAAAUAAAUAAAAUUUUCUAAUUGCAAA